AUGGAUCAAGUCAUGCACAACAUUACUGUCAACUCACCAGUGACAGUGCGAGAGCUGGAGCAAGCUGAGUCAAAGCUGGCGGGCCAUGGCUUCUACGUGGUUGUCACACAAGCUCAGCACAGACUACCUCCUUGGUGCCAACUGCAUGCGGGUGCAACCUACCAACUGCACUUGCUGACCAAGAAGAAUGCCAAGCUCUAUGCUGAACACCCCACAUCACUCUUGGGCGAAGGUACUCAAUUGAUGGGAUGUGCUACCCAUCUCAGAUCUUCGUUGGCUGGACUUGGUGACACCCAUGUUUGGAAGGGGAUGAGAAUGCUCUUGGACUUAAUGAGCAAAACGGGCCAUUUGGACUUGCCCAUGAUCCAGUACCCCUUCCGGGCGACACAUCUUCUUCGACGGCAACUUCCUCCUGCAGUGCUCCAUGAUUGGCAACAACGCUUCUCUCAUUCCAAUGGAAGAAUCUGCAUCAUCUAUGAGCAUGACAUUCUCACGGUGAUCAAGGAAGAGAGGGCCAAGAAACAGGAGGACAUGAAUGUUGACCAAGGUGACCAGUACACAACGGAGAAUGAAUUGCGUUUUGCGCAUCUUGAGUCCGGUCUCAGUGAACUCAAGCAGCAGAAUGGUCAUUUUAUGCAGUGGUUCCAACAAACUGGGGACAGACUCAAACAGACCGAGAGCAUGAUGCAAGAGGUGCAAGACAAUGUCAAUCAGCAUGCGGGCGCCAUCCAGCAGCUUACUGGAUCAGUCCAAAACACCGAGAAGGCAAUUGUUCAAACCCCGAGCAAGCCUGAUAAGGAGUAUGGCGUGUACAAGCAAUUCAGGGGGAUCCGUGCUUGUUUGCCAGGCACUAUCGUUGAACGAGCCCGGGAGCGUUUAGCGAGGUUCACAGCGGCCCGACAAGUCAGGAAGACAGCUGACUUGGCUAGGCAUCGGCCUGGGCAGGCACUUGUCUUUAUGCUCCUUGACAAAGCCUUUGAGUUUCUCUAU